ACGCGACCGCCAGCGACGAUGCGACUUGCGAGGGCGCGACGGCGGCCGCUGGCACGGGGGCAAACAGAGUUCGACCACGACGCGGGCCGGCCGCGGACGCAGGCUCCAAAGUCAUUCGGAGCCCCCGCCCUGCAGCGCGUGUCUUCAGGCUGGAUAGUCGAGAUGUCUGCGCGCUUGGCGAGCGGGGGCGGACAGUCGCGACUUGGCGGCGGCGCGUGCCUUGCGCCCGCGGCGGCGUCGCUCCGAUCGAUUGCUCGAUGGCGCGGCGGCGGGGCGCCGAGGGCAACGGCCAGCGCGCGGGCGCAGAGAAGCGAUUCAGACGCAGGGGCGGAGGCCUCGCUCGAGAAGAUGCGCCGCGCUGGCUCGCUGGGCAGGAGCCAGUCGAAGGGCGGCAGAAGUCGCAGACAGACUGCGAUCGCAUCAGCAGACGGCCCGGCCAUGGCGCGAGGGCCCGCGCGCUGGGCAUCCGCGGAUUGAGGCCGCGCCGCGCGAGAUUGGAUCAAACGCAGACCGGGGUCGCGAAGACGAGCCCGGAGGCCAGGGGCCCCAGGGGGCGGCGACAAUCGGCCAUUGGGGCGAGGCGCAACGUCGUCCCUCUCCUAGGCGGCGAGCUGACCGUCGGGAAAUUGGGCGAGGCCUUGCAGCAGCUCGACCCCAGGAACAGAUCGCCUCCAACGCUGGCGACGCCACUGGGCCACUCGAUCGGCGAGCCGCCGCCGGGCGCGGGGCAGGCCGAGGAAGAAGACUGCGACGUCGUCGGCGACGUCGCCGAGGCAGCCGCUGGUCAGGAGACCCAGGGCAGCGCCGCGGCCCUCGUCGCCAGCGCGCCGCGAACCAGCCCUGGGGCGCACGCGGGCGACGGCUCCGAACGGUCCGGCAACCGGCACGACCUCUUCGCAAGAUGCGGGCGGCGCGAGGCCAGGUGGAGGCGCGACCCCGCCACGCCGCAGCGCGAGCUCAGAGAAGACAGCCCCGCUGGCAGAGGGGCCGCCGCGCCCGCAACCUCGGGCGGCCUCCUGGCCCACGGACAACGCGCCGCGCAGAGCGCGGGGGCGGGCGCCCAUCACUUGGCGGCGCUGCGUCACGCCGGGGCCAUCGACGAAGACCUGCAUGCCACGGACGACAGGCGCGGACUGAUGCCUGCCAGGGUCGCGGGGGCCGACGUCUCAGUCAGCUUGCCCGGCGAGCUCGACCAUGAUGACAGCCCGCGCACCGAGGCGGAGCGGGCACUCGGCCCGGGGCCGCUCGCCGACGCCUCGGUAGACGUCGCGGAGGUCUGCGCCGGGGCUGCCCUCUCCUCAGAGCGCGCGGCCGACGUCGGGAUGGCCACGGGCCGCGCGUGGACUGCCGCGCGGGACGGGCGAGGGCGGCCCGGGUCUGACCGCGAGACGCUUUCGCUGAAGUGUACCGCAGCAACGACCCACCACGGCGACAAGCAAAACAUGACGUCGCGGGCCCGGGCCCUCAACGACAUCGGCGGCGCGGCGCAGACGCGCCGCGAGGAAUUCUGGGAGAUGCGGCGCAGCGGCGGUCGCCGCAUCGCCCGCGGCAUCAUACGCGGCGCGGCCUUGCCGCGCGCGGCGCGCGUGCCCGGCGCAUUCCCGCCGUCGGCGCUCGCGGGGCCACAGGUCGCGCGGCCUUCGCCCUUCGGAACAUCCGAGUCGCUCGCGCUCGAUCAGGGCGGCCCCUGCGCCGGGCGGCAACGCCAGGCGUCGCCGGCAGUGGGGCUCGAGCUGCGCCUCCGGCGCCAGUUCCGGCUGGACGGGCCUUGGGCGCGCCAGAUGCGCGAGUUCGACUACGCGAGGGCGCGCGCCCAUGCCAAUUGCACGCAGGCGAAGAUAACCGAGGACCAGGCGACCUCGAGGCGAAGCCCCCCCGAGCCGAAGGUCCAGAGAACAGAACGGUCCAAUCAGGCGUCGGCUGGCGCCCAGCUGGCCGAGUUCAACGAGUUCGCGGAGGCCGAAGCAGGCGCCAAAUCCAAUUGGUCGUAUUUGGACGACGUAGAGGGCGCCAGUCUCGCCCGCAAGGAGCACAAGGCCCAUCGCGAACCCCGCGUCGCGGGCAUCGGUCUCGCUGACCCCGACCCGGUGCUGCUGAAGGGGACCUCGCCGACAAUUCUGGGGACCUCGCUCAUGCUGGCCCUGCUGAUCUUCAUCAGAGGCAUGGGCGCCAACGCCAGGAACGGCUCCCCACCGGGCCACAACGCGAUGGCGGGCGCUGUCUGCGGGCCCGCGGACUCUCUAUUCGAGUUCGCCUGCAAGGAACUCCGCAUCGAGGCUCCUGCGCGCGGCGAACUGCGCUGCGCGUCGGCAGCGCUGCCCUUUUGCGGCUGCCAGAUCUACGACUUCAAGCGCAAGGUCACGGCGCGGGAGCGCGCCUACAUCGACGGUUUCGAGACAGGGCUGGGACUGGACAACAUGGGCAUGGCGUCCUGCGCCGACGGGUCCUUCGUCAAAG